AUGCCCUACAGUAUCAAAAGCAGGUUCACUAAGAAGACAACCGACCAUUGGGGCCCUCGGCUGCGCCUUUCCAAUUCAUACAAAAACACUUUCACGUCACCUGAGGGCGCCUACACAGAAUUGACCUCAGUGCCGUUCCCCCCCACUCCUUCCGUGAGGCUGGGAGGGGCACAGGUAUGCUGGACCAAAGUCCUUUUACCCGAAACUGCGGAAAGGGAGGAGGUCAAGGAGAAGAAGGAACGCUGGAGGUUCAAAAUGACCAACAAGAGCAGCUUCAUGAGCGAUAAAGACCACCAGAUUGAUCGUGCAGACGUCGACGAACUCGACUCGAUUGUCGAAAAGGACCAGCCGCAUGACUUCAAUGCCGAAAUGGAGAAGUGCUCACUCGAAGAGGACCGGUCGUCCUCCGCGCUCGGUCUGAUACACGACAUUCCGCGCCCAUCCCAGGACAUGAGAUUGUCCAAAACCGACUCGGCCGUGACCGGGUUUGUCAAAACAUCCCGGUAUAACAAAUACAUGGGCAGACUUGGCAAGGACGGGAUCACCACCGCGAUGUGGGGUGUAUAUAACCAGAAGCAUCAUAUUAGUUGGUCUGAGCUUGGUACAUCGGGUAAUCAGCCGGAGCCUCUGGCCAGAAUAUUCUUCAGUUCAUCCCCUCUCUGCCAUACGGUCAUCCAGUCUACUACCGCCAGUGACAGACUUGACAUCCUGGUCGGUCUUGCCAGCGGAAUGAUCGUGUGGAUAGAUCCCGUUCUGAGCACCUGCAAGGAAUUCAGACUGGAUGGGCUGUAUAUGGAACAUCCAGUGUUAUCGCUUCACAGCGAUCCAUCUUGCCCCACGCGGGUCCUCGCUGUCAUUGGCCCCACAGAUCAACAAGAUCCCCCCUGCGACUCCCGUAUAUUCGAGAUCGACCUUAGCUUACCGGAGCCAGCACCCGACUCGAAUAUUGUCAAUCGUCCUUGGGAAGAGUUUUUCGACGCUCGAAAGAAACAACAGCAGCAAGAGUGUCUGGUGGAUAUGACGGAAGGCAUAAGGAACAACAAGCCGGAGCUUGAACUGAUGCGUUGGAUGAACGAAGAGUGGGCUGUAGAGGGGAAAGGCAAGCGUAGAGGAGAGAAGAUCGCGUUCAACCCUGUCUCAGUCAUGUCAGCGGGCGAUCACGAGUUGAAUGCAAUGGAGUACUCGCCAGAUGGAAAGUAUCUUGCCCUUUCGGGGAUGAAUGUCGAUCGCUUUUCCCGAUGUCGCAAAGCUCUCUUGAGCAUACUCAACAUGCCUGAUUUCACAAUCCAGCGCACCUUUGGUCCAGGACAUGAUUUGCCAAACUGUCGAUACCUCGACCCAGAAUCGGUCAACCAACCCCGGGUUCUUCACCACGACUACUGUUUUACCUCCCUUGCAUGGUCCGCGGAUUCGCGCCUUCUUGCUGCUGGGGGCAAAUUGAACGGGGUGACCAUAUUUUGUCCUUCCGAGAAGCGGUCUCGAGUGGCACGAUGCCAGGGCACUGCGAAUCACGACUUUAUGAGUACUCGGUCUGUGGCGUUUGACAAUGAGAUGAGCCAGGCUGGAAAAUACAGGUUGGGUUGUGUACUUCCCGAUCAUUGUCGCUUUAUGCUUUGGGACUUUGACCCCAGCCUGACCCAAUACAAGUGGGAGAGAGUGGCAGAGAUCAAACCGCGCGACCUUCCGGGCCCAUCGAAAUGGCCUUUCGACAAUUACGUCCUCGUCGACUAUUCAGCGUGUCAUAUGGUUGCAGCGACUACGCCUACAGAUAUCUACUUUUUGCCCGAUUCCAUUGGGAUUCUCGAAGGUAUGGGAAAGCUGCGUCUUUGGAAGAGACCCGAGGCGGAUGCUGAGGGUGAUGGUAUUGUCGAGCCCUGA